GAUGAAAGGAAGGAGGCGGGGUGAGAGGGGUGGAGCCAGGCAGUGACCCGGAAGCAGAAGUGACUCCCAGAGGCGAUUGCUGGGGAGCGGCAGCGGCGACCGCAGCGGUAGAAGCAUCAAGUUAUCUGUGUGCAGCUCCAAACUGGGAAGAAGAUGCUAAUUAAAGUGAAGACGCUGACCGGAAAGGAGAUUGAGAUUGACAUUGAACCCACAGACAAGGUGGAGCGAAUCAAGGAGCGUGUGGAGGAGAAAGAGGGAAUUCCCCCACAGCAGCAGCGGCUCAUCUACAGUGGAAAACAGAUGAAUGAUGAGAAGACAGCAGCUGAUUACAAGAUCCUAGGUGGUUCAGUCCUCCACCUGGUGUUGGCUCUGAGAGGAGGAGGUGGCCUUAGGCAGUGAUGGACCCUCCCUCCAUUUUACCUCCUUACCCUGUCGCUCCUAAUGAGGCAUCAUAUGUCCUCUCACUCUGUGGGACACCAGAGCCACUGCCCCCUCUCCUGGAUGCCCAGUCUUGUUUGGCAGAAGACCGUGAGGACCCCAGGAUGCCGUGUUCCUGACCCAAAGGGCCCUUGGUGGCCAUUGGGUUUUAGUUUGCAGUCCUGUGUGCUUCCCUCUCUUAUGGCUAUGUCCCUAGUUGCCAAUAAAAUAUUUCCUGAC